AUGAAGGAUAGCUCUAGAUCUCCGGUGAGAAGAAACGACGGAUUCCACCGCUACUUGAAGCCAGGCGCGCUUGCUCAGAUCCGGAACUCGAGAAUCAACAACGCCAGAUCUACUUCUCUCUUAUCUCGGUCCCUCUCGCACCCGGUCGAUCCUUCACCCACUUCUCCGAACUCCGUCGCUGAAUCCGCGGCGGCGGCGUCCCGAAAUCUGACGAUAGAACAGGUACCACAUCUUCUGAGAAAGAUCUACGGUCCUUAUAGUUAUCAGAGGAAGAAGUUAGGCGCUGCUAGAUCCGUCUCGUCGAUGAUGAUGGCGAAUUUGAACACCCCUGUAAAUUCAGUUAUUGAAUCAACUGGUGGAAACAGCGGUGUGUUGAGCAGUGAUGUUAUUGCUCACUGA